CGUCGGUGGCGACACGUGGAUGCAAGAUGGCGGCAUCGGCGGCGAUGGAAAGGCUAAGAUAUUUGCUGGUUUUGCUCUCAUUGCUUCAUGGUACAGACUCUUUCUACGUACCUGGUGUGGCUCCUAUCAACUUCCACCGGAAUGAUCCUGUGGAAAUUAAGGCUGUGAAGCUCACCAGUUCACGAACCCAGCUGCCAUAUGAAUACUACUCAUUGCCUUUCUGUCAGCCCACCAAGAUAACAUACAAGGCAGAGAAUCUAGGUGAGGUUCUCCGUGGAGAUCGAAUUGUAAAUACACCUUUCCAGGUUUCCAUGAGUGUGGAGAAGAAAUGUGAGGUUCUGUGCAACUUUCCUAAUAAGCCAGUCACUCUGACAGUUGAGCAGAGCAAGCUGAUUGCUGAGCGAAUCAGGGAAGAUUACUAUGUCCAUCUCAUUGCUGAUAACCUCCCUGUGGCAACACGGCUGGAGUUUUAUUCAAAUCGUGAGGAAGAGGAAAAGAAGAAGGAGAAGGAUGUGCAGUUCGAGCAUGGAUACAGGCUUGGGUUUAUGGACGGUAACAAGUUCUACCUGCACAACCACCUCUCCUUCAUCCUUUACUACCACAGAGAGGAUGUGGAAGAGAACCAGGAGCCCACAUACAGGGUUGUGCGCUUUGAAGUGGUACCCCAAAGUAUUAAACUGGAAGACUUGAAGGCUGAUGAGAAGGGUAUGUGUACCCUACCUGAAGCUACAGGCUCUGCUCCCCAGGAAAUAGAUCCUUCUAAAGAGAAUCAGAUGCUCUUCACCUACUCUGUCCAUUGGGAGGAAAGUGACAUUAAAUGGGCUUCCCGCUGGGACACCUACCUGACCAUGAGUGAUGUGCAGAUUCAUUGGUUCUCCAUCAUUAAUUCAGUUGUGGUCGUCUUUUUCCUUUCAGGUAUUCUCAGCAUGAUCAUCAUCCGCACUCUCCGGAAGGACAUUGCCAACUACAACAAGGAAGAUGACAUUGAAGAUACCAUGGAAGAAUCUGGUUGGAAACUUGUGCAUGGAGAUGUCUUCAGGCCUCCGCAGUAUCCUAUGAUCCUCAGCUCUCUCCUGGGUUCUGGGAUUCAGCUCUUUUGUAUGAUCCUGAUUGUCAUCUUUGUUGCCAUGCUGGGAAUGCUGUCACCUUCUAGCCGGGGUGCACUGAUGACUACUGCCUGCUUUCUCUUCAUGUUCAUGGGAGUUUUUGGUGGAUUCUUUGCUGGCCGUUUAUACCGGACUCUGAAAGGACAUAGAUGGAAGAAGGGAGCCUUUUGUACAGCUACUCUGUAUCCAGGUGUAGUCUUUGGUAUUUGCUUUGUCCUGAACUGUUUCAUCUGGGGGAAACACUCCUCUGGAGCGGUGCCUUUCCCAACUAUGGUGGCCUUGCUGUGCAUGUGGUUUGGGAUCUCCUUGCCAUUGGUCUACCUGGGUUACUACUUUGGAUUUCGCAAACAGCCAUAUGACAAUCCUGUACGGACCAAUCAGAUUCCAAGACAGAUUCCAGAGCAGAGGUGGUAUAUGAACAAAUUUGUCGGGAUUCUCAUGGCUGGUAUUCUGCCUUUUGGAGCCAUGUUCAUUGAGUUGUUCUUCAUUUUCAGUGCAAUCUGGGAGAACCAGUUCUAUUACCUUUUUGGCUUUCUCUUCCUGGUGUUUAUAAUCUUGGUGGUAUCGUGCUCUCAGAUCAGCAUUGUCAUGGUGUACUUCCAGCUUUGUGCUGAGGAUUACCGUUGGUGGUGGAGGACCUUCUUGGUGUCUGGAGGAUCUGCCUUCUAUGUGCUGAUUUAUGCCAUCUUCUACUUUGUGAACAAGCUGGAUAUUGUUGAGUUCAUUCCCUCCUUACUAUACUUUGGCUACACCGCCCUUAUGGUCUUGUCCUUCUGGCUCCUCACUGGAACCAUUGGCUUCUAUGCAGCCUACAUGUUUGUCCGGAAGAUCUAUGCCGCAGUGAAAAUAGACUGAAGAUGCACAGAUUCAGCAGAAAGUAGACACCUCUGUAUGCGUGUCCUCUUGAGAGUGAAGGGGUCCUCUUCUCCCCACUCUUUUAAGGAAACGAAACGCAGUGGGAGAGUGACAAGAGAAAUAAAUAACUCCUCAUUUUGGAAUGUAACUUUUGGCACAGUGUACAUGGAUUCUGGGCUACUUCUGGGGGGAAGAGGGGUCUGUAGAUACCUUGCAUUUUAACUUUAUUAUCCUAUUCCAGUUUUGAGGGAGUUUUUUAGCAGAAAAAUGUCCCUCUGUAUAAGCAAACACUUUUUUUUUUUUCCGGCUAAUUCAUCUUUUUUUAAUGAUGAUGAAUGGAUUUGAAACAGCAGUGGAAACACUUGUGAAAAUGUUUUCUUCCAGCCCCUAGGGUGCUCUAGGAUUCAGGGAGACUCUUCAAAACAGUAUCAGGCCGGGUUUCUUUCCUGCCUUCAUGUCUGCAUGGAAGAGGGAGCUUGAAUAUGGCAAAAUAAGAGGAUUCUAAAGGCUCACUCUGCGUGACUGUGGUGUGCUCUGACUGUAUAAGUUCUGGCUCCAGCUUGUUUACGGUUCCAUGGAGGUGGCACUCAGAGCCUGGGAAGUGCAAUUUGACACAGAGAGCACGAGAACCUUCUCCAUCACUUCUUCCCUCUGGCCUUGGACAAUAUGUGCUUCCACUGGAAGGGCUUUAGGGAGGGUGGGAUUUCCUCUCUUUUUGAAGAUGCAACUGGAUGCAGCAGGAUGAAACGUUCUUGUGGAAGCAGCGUGAUUCUGCUGGUGCUAGAGUACGCAACUAGAAGAAUGUUUGAGGUAACUGCAAGGGUCUGUUCUGUGAUACGAUAGUUUUGCUCCUGCCACAUGAGGAAACAGUGUAGACUUCCUUCCUAGGAACUCCUCUGGGACUGCAUAGAGAAAUCCACUGUGGAGAGAAAUCCACUGUGAUGUUGCUUUAGUGCCGAGGAAUGUGAUGCAGUGUUCGGGCUCGGCUGCUGUGAAAUGUGUGCAAACCAUGUAGAAGGGGCUGGGAACAGAGUGGCCCCAACAAGUUCUCCCAUUGCCAGAAGUGGUCUGUCUCACUACCUGCCCUGUUUUCCAGCUGCUCUUGCUGCUCUCUUCUCCUGUUUUAGAUUCUCUACCUCCAGGCUACAGAAAAAGUGUACACCCCAAAAGUUGUGUUUUGUUCUUCUCUGCAAAAUGAUCCAAGAUCUCUGGAAUAGCCAAUAUGCAGAGCUCCUCUUUUUCCGUGGCUUGAUGCUUGAAUCAGCACAUGGGAAGUUGUUUUUUAAAUGAGGUUAUAGUUUUAUUUUGGUCACUUAAAUGAUGUUUACCAGUAAAAAAGAUUCCACGUUAUAGUGAAGGCUCCCUCCAUCCCCUGAUUAGCUUGAUUCAGUCAGGGUUACAGGGGAGAGUUUUUAGUGAGAUCCAUGGAAGUUCUACUUUUGCUUCUUUCUGUAGUAAGAAAUAAGGUCUCCAAAUAGUCAGCUGCCACAGGUUGCUAUUCCAACACAGAACUGUGAAAAGCCCUCCCAGUUACCAACACUGAUGUAUGCACACUUAAGAGUUUGGGCUUUUGUACUUUAUCCAAGUCACUGUAAGAGUCUCCACUGGGCCUGCGUCUCAUAGCAAUGGCAUUUGCUGACUUCCCCAAAGGCCUGUUUCCUUUUCAGCACUUGGUCUUUACAGUCUUGCCCAAUAACUUCAGCUACCCAUCGUGCCAAAGUUCAGUCAUCCAGAAAUCAAGGAUGGAAAAAAGGAGCAUAGGAUACACAAGCCAGCUGUGCUGUGGAGUUCUCCACUAGUUCUAAUUUAAGAUCUUUCUCUUGAGAUUUUUUUUCUCUCCCUCCCCCCCCCCCAACUCAGUGGAGAGGUUCAGCCAGCAUUGAUUUCUCUCCUUUCCCCAAAGUGUUUUCUUUGUAUUCUUUGUAAUUUUUAAUUAAUGUAUGUAUUCUUUGUGUCCUAUUGUAAAUAAAUCUGCCAUUGUCCUGUU